CUGCCUUAAAGACUAAUGACAGCGAUCCAAAGCCUCGGGUACCAGAGCGACGGAACCCCGGCGGACAGACGAAAAUUCUUGAGGCUGAGCGCACCGCCCGAAGGGGGCGGGGCCAUAGGGCGCCCCGCCCCCAGCCCUUUGUGACGUAGAACAAUGCCUGCCACGCGUCGGAACUCAGCUGCCUUGGCAGCGACUGGGCACGACUGACACGCGUGAAGGAACGCCGUGAUCAUCUGAGGACAACUUCAGGAAUCAUGCCGCUUCUGUUAAGAUUAAUCGUUUUCUUUUAUGUAUGGGGCAUUUUUACCGCUCAGGGACAAAAGGCAGAGGAAGUGAAGAUCGAAGUUUUGCAUCGUCCAGAAAACUGUUCUAAGACAAGCAAGAAGGGAGAUCUGCUAAAUGCCCAUUACGACGGCUUCUUGGCUAAAGACGGUUCGAAGUUCUACUGCAGCCGGACACAAAAUGAAGGCCACCCCAAAUGGUUUGUUCUUGGUGUUGGGCAAGUCAUAAAAGGGCUAGACAUUGCGAUGAUGGAUAUGUGCCCUGGAGAGAAACGGAAAGUGAUUAUACCCCCUUCAUUUGCAUAUGGAAAAGAAGGCUAUGAAGGCAAGAUUCCACCUGAUGCAACAUUGAUUUUUGAGAUUGAACUUUAUGCUGUGACCAAAGGACCACGAAGCAUUGAAACAUUUAAACAGAUAGACACAGACAACGACAGGCAACUCUCUAAAACUGAGAUAAAUCACUACCUGGAAAGGGAGUUUGAAAAAGAUGAUAAGCCACGUGACAAGUCAUAUCAGAAUGCAGUUUUAGAAGAUAUUUUUAAGAAGAAUGAUCAUGAUGGUGAUGGCUUCAUUUCUUCCAAGGAAUACAAUGUAUAUCAACAUGAUGAACUGUAGUAUAUUUUUAUUUCUAAAUUUUCUUAGCUACUUACUGUACUUUAUAUAUAAAACAAAGUCACUUCCCCUAGAACUUGUCUUUUAUGUUUUCCUCCCACGAGAAUAUAUUUUGAUCCCAUCAAUACAUGUAAUUUUGGCAUAAUAAAUGUGUGGUAUUUUGCAAAUUUAA